AUGGAAGCUGUUCCGCAAGACAAUGUUGAACAUGAUAAUGACACGACCUCUAAAGAAGAGGCUGACGUUAUUGAAAUGUUUACUUCUAACACAUUUGACUUACAACUUUUGCUGAACACUCAGCUGGGUCAGCUAGACUGUCACCUGGUCAGCUGCGCAUUGUGCCUGGACGAGGUACGAGACGCUAUAACUAUAGUCCCUGACCAGCCCUCCACGACUCAUGUUCUAGAUGAGGAAACCGACGAAGUCGAUAAACGAGCCAAGCACCUCAACGAUUUUGGUUUAUUUUUUUGCCAAAACAGCAAAAAUAGGGUGCAACUAGAAGCCAAUGAUCCCAUUAUAGAGGAUGAAGUAGGUCUCUUUUAUCUACUAUUAAUUAAUUAA